AUGAAUCUACAGGACAGUGAGCCAAUAGAGUACAAUAAAAGCCUCCUAGCUGCGGUUAGUAAGCAAUGUAAGGGAUUCGACCCAGGCUUGAUGUUCUGACUCGGAUUCACGUAUUGUAGGCUUGGAGAUAAGUAUGACCCGAAAGGAUUUAUUGCACUAGCAAAGAUCGCACAUAAAUAAGAUCUCAAGGCAUAGGUUCCCACGAGAUAAGAUUGAGAAGACUUACAGAGAUAUGUAUGAGCAAGAUUAUCUAGGGGAAGUAUUGAAUCUGCAAUGGUUUAAAGAUGAGCAUGAUGCAUUUGAAGAAGAGUUUCAAGAGAUCGAAGCUCCUGCUCCAAAGGAAGAAGUCAUUCCAAGAUUUAAACAAGAAAGCCAGCAGAAGCUUCUUCAUGAAGAUCACAAAACUGAUAAACAUGUUGAUAUAAAGCACGAAGAUCCUCCUACAAAAGAUUCUCCUGUCAAAGAUCCUCCUGUCAAAGAUCCUCCUGUCAAAGAUCCUCCUAUCAAAGAUCCCAAAACCCACCUCCAAAAUCCACAACCCCUUACAAGCACCUCAUCAGAGGCCAAAAACCCUAGGAAAAGGAACUACACCGAACGUUCCUCCUCAGAUUCAGACACUUCUGAGGCAGCCCGUCCCUCCAAUCCUCCUCCGAACCCUUCCAAUGCUCCUCAACCUGCACCUCCAGUCUCCUCCUGCACUGGCCCUCCCCAAUCAGCUCCUUGCCAGAUCCCAGCCGCAGCCGCUCAUCCAUCUUCAAAGUCACAAAUAGCUGAAACACCUCAGUCACCACCGCAGCCUUGCAUUCACUGCGGGCAGCCGUUCAAGGGCGCUCCUCUGAGCCUGGGCUGAGGCCACAACUUCCACUAUGACUGUAUGAAGGAAGGAAUCCUAGCUCAAUUUGAAGCAAACAUAGUACCCCUCAAGUGUCCGACACAAGGUUGUAAAAGCGAAUUUAGCGAGGAGCAGAUUAUGACUCUGACUAGUAAAGAACAUUUUGAACACUAUAAGAGAAUCCAAGCACAGAUGAAGGGGUAAGCAGAGUAAGAGUAGAGGAGGGAUUAGUGAAUGAGAUGUGAUAUAAAUUGAGACAUCGUUAGAACACAAGAUCUUGAAAUACUCCAUCUACAAAUCC